GGGUGAUGAAGAAUAAUUAGCAAAGUUUAUAAUGAUGUCAUUAGAAUGUAGCUUCGGGAAACAUUAAUUACUUAUCCCCACGUUUCGGCUUUCUGUUUACGAGUGCGCCGAGUGCAUAACGUGACCUUGACACUAGAUGUUUCUUAGUCAAGCAAUUUGAAAGCUGUGUUUUUCUCAUCAUAACAGUAAUUACCAAACAAGUGGUACAGGAACGAGAGUCGGUGGAAUUUUAGACUUAUUCAUCUGUGUUUGACAAGUCCACUACUAUGGCUUACCCUGGCGCGAUGUACGGCUCAUCGGGAGAUCAACCACAGGUUACUCCUGAAGUUCAACAAUGGUUUGCUUCGGUCGACAGAGAUGGUAGUGGCAAAAUUACUGCCACUGAAUUGAGGGCUGCUCUUGCUAAUGGACAGGGCGGAACUUUUUCAGACACUGCUUGCAAACUGAUGAUUGGUAUGUUCGACAAGGAAAAAACUGGUACAAUCGAUUUGGGAGAAUUCCAGGCUCUCUACAAUUACAUAAACGCUUGGUUAGGAGUAUUUCGAGGAUUCGACCAUGAUCAAUCGGGUAGUAUUCAAGAGAGUGAGCUGUAUGCAGCUUUAACGCAAAUGGGCUAUAGAUUCAGUCCUGAAUUCAUUAAAUAUUUGAUUAAAAAAAGCGAUUUCAAUAACACUGAGAGCAUAACGGUUGAUCAAUUCAUCGUCUUAUGUGUACAAAUACAGAAGUUUACGGAAGCUUUUAGAAACAAAGACACUGCACAAACAGGUACCAUAACUAUAAGCUUCGAAGAUUUCCUAUCGAUAGCUCUUAGCUGCAGCAUCUAAUAAGCAAAGUUUUCAGGUAUCUUUGUAUUUAAGCAACCACUGAAUGCUUUGCAGAUAUUUUUAUUACUCGUUUCAAAUAGUAUUAAGAGAAUGGAAAGCAAAUUGCAAUUUGCCGCAUUUCUGUAAUUAAAUAUUUAAAUUAGGUAGGAAUUUCAAAUUUUACAUUCGUGACAAAUCAGGACUGAUAAAAAAACAAAAUUUUAUGAAACAACAAACACUUAAAACUUUUAGUUUUACAAUCGACUAGGAAAUUCUCCAAAUUGUUGCGAGCUAUGCGGUUUCUGGUAAAUUGAAGUUCUAUUUUUUAUACACGCAAAAUGAGCUGGUACUUAGAAUUGAAUGCACUUUGGAACUGACGAAAGAACCGAUCAAAGUUUUAUUAUACAAAGCUUGAAUAAAGACAACGAUCUUUUUAGCCAUUUCUAUGCCUGCUAUAACCAAUUAUAUUAAGAAGAAAGUUUGAUGAGAAAUACCAGAAUUUUUUUAAAGCACUCACCAACUAAUAUCUACAAAACUACAAAAAUAAAAGCCAUCGGAUAUUAAUUUGGACUAUAAUGCAUGAAGCAAUUGUGACAUUGUGGAAUUUGGCAUAUUUCCAAAAAUCGUUGUAGUUAACGGUGAACACAAAGUAUGAAAUUGGGAAAUUGAGGAAAAAUGUUUGAGACUAGUUCAAGUUUGUUUAUUGUAAGAUCCCUACAUUAAAGAGAUUCGGGUGAAGAUGCCAGAAUUGAGAAAUUCGCUUUUGCUAUAAGUAUUUACAAAAAAUAGUGGGAAAUCACGAUUAUAUUGCUUUUUUUGCAAAAACCCCAAAUUACAAAUUCUUUAUAGUCUCUAAUAAUGUACAAUGAGUAUCUUCCCGUCUCAUUAAAUUAUAUGAAUAAAAAACCAA